GUCACUUCCGGCCACCAUCUUUGUUUGGAUAAGGAGAAAUAACUUUGGAAACGGAUAAAACUUUAAUGUUGAUGUGCAGCGGAUGGAGUAUUUUACUCCGGUGGAAAAAAGAGUAUUUGCGGAUUAUAUAAAGAAGCUGCGGUGUAUGAAAGUGUGAUUCAUCAGGCUGAUCUGUGAUCACUCAGAGAGCCAUAACCUGAGGCAGGAUACCUGACCAGCAUUUUUAAGGUCUCUGGGUAAAAGUCUGCAGGGAGCAUACCAUGGUGCAUGAGAAGAAUGACAGGAUAAACAAAGACAUGGUCCUUCCACCAAUUCAACAGAACAGACCUGCAUUGUCAUGGGAAUUGAAGAUCAAGAAAAAGCUGACGACUGUGCCUCCCUGUCUGGGCAAAUUCAGACCAGUUGUAGGCCGGUGCUGCCACCAGUGCACCCCAGAAAGCCUGCGCAAGAAGCUUGGACAAAACUCUUAUUUUGGGUUCCACAACCUGCUGAGUGUCAACGAGACACAAACCAGGUAUCGAGGCUGGCUGGUGCGGAGGGUAUGCUGUGCACUGUUUGUGAGUGGGUGCAAGGUUUAUGCGAGUCCUGUUAGCAACAGACUGGAGAGAAUCUGUCAGAGCAACAGGGUGAAGGAGGUGCUCGCAGCAGAGCAUAAAGCACCUGAGGGGCGAGAUAGCCGAGGGCAGCUCAACCGCCUCUCAGCAUUUCUUCCCCUCAUUAAAACCUGCAUCUCCCCUGGCCUCUUACGAUUUGUGGGCUGGGUGAUGCUGAAGACGUUUUCUUCUGUAUUCGGCAGUAUUCAAGUUAACCUCAACCAUUUGUCGGCUUUGCACAGUGUAUCACAAGAGGGAUCUCUGCUGAUAUAUGUGUAUGUGCGUCAGAGUGUCAUGGACUGUGCUCUCAUCCCUCUGGUGCUCUUCUGUCACAACCUGAGAGUCCCGUACACUGUUUGUCCUCUCCAGGUUUCCAGCUCCUCCCUAAGAUCAAUCCUGCAGAAGGUAGGUGUGCUUCUCCUACCAACUUCUGCAAUGAAUGAGCACGAAGCUGAGAUGGACAGUCUGUACUCACCUGUCAUGACCGCUCUGGUACGUGAGCUGCUCCAUGAGGGCCAGGCCAUAAGUGUUGGUGUGUCAGCAGAGUCUGGCCGAGGUGGCCAGUGGCUGGCUCACAUCAGACAGCUCAUCAAAGAGGGAUCUGUCCCUGAUGUCAGCCUGGUCCCUGUGGGCAUCUCCUACGACUGCGUGCCCAAAACCAACAUACAGGUUGGCCUAAGCACUGUGUUGCAGUGGCUGUGCUCUCUUCUCUGGAAGAGACCAGGAGGAAGUGUUAGGAUCCAUCUCGCACAGCCCUUUUCUCUCAAGGAGAUGUGCGAGUCAGGGAGGUGCAGAGUAGAUGAACUGCUCCCUCUACAGGACCUGUUGCUGCCUGUUAUCCUCAGAAACAGAACUGACAGUGUGUUUGGACGGAGGAGGAUGUCGUGGCUCCUGCCUUAUUCUCAUUAUGCAUCUGAACUUAAAGAGGCGACUCAUCCAGAGAGAGACCUCAGCAUCGCCAUCAUCCUCCACCUCAUCUUUUCUGCAACUUCCUGCAUGGCUGUGAUGUCCACCAGUCUGGUGUCCGGUCUUUUGCUGUACAAGCACCGCAAGGGAGUGAGUGCAUCUGUCCUGUGUCGUAAUGUGGCUUGGCUCACGGAGGAACUCUUGUUCAGGAACAAAGACGUCGGCUUUGGAGGAACUUUAGCGGAGGUUUUACACUAUUCCCUCUCUCUGCUUGCCCCUCACCUCAUCAUCGCUGCAGUGCCGUCUGGGAAAGAUCCUUUUAUUGUGCCCCGUCCUUCUCUUGCGGCCACACUUCACCUCGCCCACCAGGCCCAGAUUGUCACACACACCUUUAUAUUGGAAGCUGUUGGUGCAUGUGCGGUGUCCGCAAUGCUGUGCGAGGUGGCCAUCAGUGGCGUAAGCAGCAGGGUGAGGAGUGACGGUGUCGACGGAGAGGACGUCAGAGGUGACAUGGAGUUUGAUGUGUUGCUCUGCCAGUCCGAGCUGACUGAGCGAGCCCUGCAGCUCUGCCAUCUCCUGCCUCCGGGCUUCAUGCCACCCUGUCAGUCAUCCCAGAGUUUCGCUCUGGACGCCAUUGACAGUCUGGUACGCUGCGGUAUCCUGAUCAUGGAAGAAAUUCCCAGGGACGUUCCCAUCUGUGACUUCUGGAAAAAGGAGGGUUUUCUGACCUGGACCACUACGGACGACCCUUAUCACAGCGACUCUGACUGUGAAGAGCAGGACCUGCAUUCCUACAAGAUAAGUCAGCCAAGUCAGUGUCCAGAGAUGCUCUUCUUCCUCUGCAGUAUGCUAGCUGGACAUCUGAGGGCGCUGUGUUGGACCACAACAGGUCUGGACCUCAUAGACACACCUAUGCCAGAAGCAGAGUUUUUGGCUCAGAUACACUCCCAUCUGUGUGACACUGCAAAUAAGAAGAAACAGCACUAUGAGAGCUGCUCAGAGAAGGCUGCGCACACUGCAGUCAGAACACUAAUAGACCUGGGGGUCCUUUCGGAGCAGCACCAGAUGGGAGGCGUCUUCCUGGGUGUCAGUCCUUUGUUCCAGUUGCCGGAAAACAGGCAGAAACUGCACCGCUUCAUCUCACAGUACCUCUACAAUUAAUGUGUUUAACUGCGCAGAUUCAGAGUCUGACCUCAUCCUCUGUUAGUGUCAGAGAAACUUGCGUUCAGUGUUAAGUGUUAAAAAAGGUGCAUGCUGAGCGUGGACGCUCGUGUCUUUAGGUUAAUUGUGUUUUGAUUUUUCAAUGAUGAGACACUGAUUUUAAGUUUAUCUUUAGUCAUAGCAUUAGCAUAAAGCCGCAGGAGACAAGGAUUAUUAAGUCCAUGUAUAAUCAGUUGUGAGGACUCAAUGUAGGAUGAUGAUGCUCAGUGCAGCUUGUGUUACGACCAUGUUUAUGUUGUAAUGAAGGUUGCAGAAGUUAAGUUUGUUACAUGUGGAAAUGUUUUAGUUCUGCCUUUUUCUAGUUUUUCACAAAAUGAUUAGUUUAAGUUAAAUAAUGUUCAUACUGAAAAUAAAUA